AUGCGGAAUACCCACCGAAGGACGAUUCUGUGCACGCCGCCGGAAGUGGCGGUUGGCAAAGUUGGAGAAGGUAUAACUGUCAUAAUGGGAAAUCUGAUCGCCCGGAGUCAGACUGGAGAAAUUCCAGCCGAGCAUCUGGUGUUCGGUGCAACGGUUGUCCCAGUUACGGGGGCUGGGAAACCGAUCGUUGGUAAACCACUGCAUCCGGUCAGUCUCGAUCUCUCACAGGAGCGGCAUAUCAACGGACACUGGCACGGGCAUGCUCUACGGCAAGGAGCACAACUAGCAUCCGACCAGCCAUAUCGUGCAUGGAGCAUGCGGCGGCGACCGUGGACGCGAAAACGCUGCGAUGGCACAAGUCGAUAG